CAGGUCAGAUGAAGACUUUCACCCCUGAGGAAAUCUCUGCCAUGGUUCUGACAAAAAUGAAGGAAACUGCAGAGGCUUACCUGGAAGAGAAGGUCACACAUGCUGUGGUCACUGUGCCCGCUUAUUUCAAUGAUGCCCAGCGCCAGGCCACCAAAGAUGCAGGAACCAUCGCCGGACUGAUCGUCAUGAGGAUCAUCAAUGAGCCAACUGCCGCUGCCAUCGCUUACGGUCUGGACAAGAGUGACGGUGUAAAGAACAUCCUGGUGUUUGAUCUUGGCGGCGGCACCUUUGACGUUUCCCUGCUGACCAUCGGUAACGGCGUCUUCGAGGUGGUGGCCACCAAUGGAGACACUCACCUCGGUGGGGAAGACUUCGAUCAGCGUGUUAUGGAGCACUUCAUCAAGCUCUACAAGAAGAAGACCGGAAAAGACGUGCGCAAGGACAACCGUGCCGUGCAGAAGCUGCUUCGUGAGGUGGAGAAGGCCAAGAGAGCACUGUCUGCACAGCAUCAGGCCCACAUUGAGAUCGAGUCCUUCUUCAAGGGUGAAGACUUCUCCGAGACGCUGACCCGCGCCAAGUUUGAGGAGCUCAACAUGACGCUGACCCGCGCCAAGUUUGAGGAGCUCAACAUGGACUUGUUCCGCUCCACCAUGAAACCAGUGCAGAAGGUUCUGGAAGACUCUGACCUGAAGAAGUCUGACAUCGACGAGAUCGUCCUGGUCGGUGGCUCCACUCGUAUUCCCAAGAUCCAGCAGCUGGUGAAGGAGCUCUUCAACGGCAAGGAGCCGUCCAGAGGAAUCAACCCAGACGAGGCUGUGGCUUACGGAGCUGCCGUCCAGGCUGGAGUUCUGUCAGGAGAAGAGGAUACCGGAGACCUGGUGCUUCUGGACGUUUGCCCUUUGACCCUGGGCAUUGAGACGGUCGGAGGAGUGAUGACAAAACUCAUUCCCAGGAACACCGUUGUGCCCACCAAAAAAUCCCAGAUCUUCUCCACCGCUUCUGACAACCAGCCAACCGUGUCAGGAGAAGAGGAUACCGGUGACCUGGUGGUUCUGGACGUUUGUCCUUUGACCCUGGGCAUUGAGACGGUCGGAGGAGUGAUGACCAAACUCAUUCCCAGGAACACUGGUGUGCCCACCAAGAAAUCCCAGAUCUUCUCCACCGCUUCGGACAACCAGCCAGCCGUGACCAUCAAAGUUUAUGAAGGUGAGCGACAUCAAAUCUGA